AUUUUAAAUGGGUACACACAGGCUACCGUCUACUUAACACUUUAUUCAGAAAUUAUCUGCGUUUUGUUGUGAUCUUUUUUUUUUUAUGAAAUGAAAAAUAAAAAUAAUAUAAGGCUUAAUGCAAGAUCUGCUGUCUGUUUGGUAUAAUUUGGAAUAGUGUUUAAGCAGCCUUGAACCUUGAACCAAAAUGGGGCGUUGCUUUUCGCCAAUACGCAGUUCCCUUUCUUUGAGACUUCAUAUGGCAACUUACCAAACAUGACGAGGUUCAGAUUGUUAUAUAGUCCAUUUACGAUGAUGGUAAUAAAGAAAUAUAAUAUUUUUUUCUCAAAUUAUUAUAAACAAAUACAUUUUAGAACUAAGGACAUAGUGGCCAUUUUCAGACUGUCGAUCAGAGCCGCUCUUUUCUGAUAGUGAGGGAAACUGUCACAGUGAUUCUCCGUCACUACUCAAACCGGAGAUUUGAAAUUGAAACAAAAGAGAGGUAACGAGAGAACACGAGGCCUCACAUAGCUGUCUGAUCAGUCGUUUUGGAUUCACUCUGACUACAAUGGCGUACACAUCCUCCCUAGUUGACGAUCUGUCCUGUUCGGUUUGCUGUGACAUUUUUAAAGACCCUGUUAUCCUAACGUGUAGUCACAGUUUCUGCAAAGGCUGUCUACAGACAUGGUGGACGCAAAACCAGGAACAGAACUGUCCACUUUGCAAGAGGAGAUCUUCAAGGCCCGAUCCACCCAGGAACAUUGCCCUGGAGAACCUGUCGGAGGCCUUCCAGCGGGAGAAUGCGGAUCUCUGCCCUCUGCACGGUGAGAAACUCAAGCUCUUCUGUCUCGAUGACCUGGAGACGGCGUGUCUCAUCUGUCGAGAUUCUGAAAAACACGCUAACCACAGAUUCCUUCCUGUGGAGGAAGCUGCCCUGAGCCGCAGAAAAGAAAUGAAGAAAUUACUAAAACCCCAGAAGGAGAAGUUAAACGACUUUGUUGAGACCAAGAGAAAGUGUGAGGACAUAGCAGCACACAUUGAUCUCCAGGCCGCGCACACCGAGAGACAGAUUCAAAAGGAGUUUGAGAAGCUUCACCAGUUUCUCAAAGAUGAAGAGAAGUCCAGGAUCACUGCGCUGAGAGGCGAAAAGAAGUUGAAAGGUCAGAAGAUGAAGAAGGAGAUCGAGGAGCUGUCGAAGCAGAUAGAAACCACUUUGCACACAGUCACCGAGACGGAGCAGCAGCUGGGGGCUGGAGACAUUCCCUUCCUGAAGAAGUUCAAGGCUACAACAGAGAAAGUAGCCCAGCCCCCACCCUGGCCAUCUCUACCCGAGGGAGCGCUGCUGGACGUGGCCAAACACCUGGGCAACCUGGCCUACGCAGUCUGGAAGAAGCUGGAGGAGAACGUCUCCUACUCUCCUGUGAUCCUGGACCCCAACACCGCUGGCCCCGAUCUCCACCUGUCUGAGGACCUGACCAGCGUGAGACGUGGAGUGAGACAGCAGCUCCCUGAGAACCCAGAGAGGCUGAAGUAUGGCAUGCUGGGAUCUGAGUCACUUGAUUCAGGGACCUGUGAGGUAGAGGUGGGAGACAGCGCUCAGUGGGAGCUGGGUGUAACAUUCUUUCUUCGCCGCAGCAGUGUUGUUCAUUAUUGUAAGAUAGGAUUACAUAACGGUAGAUACAGAUCAGAAUCAUCACAUCAAUCUGGAGAAUGGGUUGAUCUCCCAGCGAAGCAGAAGUUACAGAGGAUCAGAAUGAAGUGGGGUCCGACCACUGAAGUAUCCUUCAGUGAUCCUAAAACCAACCAGACAAUCCACUCAUGGAAGAAGACCAUAUCAUUGGAGAAAUCGAAGGUUUUACCAUUCAUCAAUUCCACUGAUACAGUUCCUUUGAAGGUUUCCCCAGGGAAGGAGCUGUAACAGUGGGUUCUGGAGUUAGGAACCAUGUGAAUGUAAAUGUACUGCUCUUUAUUUCUGUGUUGUAAACCAUAUUCUGUAUUGUCCUUGUUGAUCCUUAAGCAAUGGAAAAAAGAAAAAGGAUUUGAAUAAUGCAAAUAAUAAUGUUAAGACAUGCAUGUUUUCUUGUCAGGUGGUCAGAGAUUAAUGUUGUGGUUUCCUAAUUAUGUAAAAUCAUGUUAUAGUUUUAAUUUGUAAAAUUAUGGAUUAUUACUAAAUAGAUUUAACAGGAUUAUGUAUUGCGUGAAUGUGGGACAUAACCAAGUAUUAGUAUUCGUUUUUAAAUCGAUCAGGGUGAUUGUUAGGGAUGCUUCACAGGUAAUUGGAAGGCCUGAUUGUCAGUUGGAUUUUGAAAUCAAUAAAGUUUAUUUUGGUAUGUGAA